ACCUCCCUCACUCGAGUGGACCUCCUUUUGAAGCAGAGUCUUCUCGUCUUCUUCUUUCCACUCACUCUCGCUGCUCGCCGCGUCUCAUCAGGACCUCCACGUUUGCGUCCCCCCCGCCCCUGCCCCUCAUGCACCCCGCCCCCGGCUCCUGAGAGAUGCUCUCCCCGCUCUCCUUCAACUUACCGGCCUGACAAGUCCAGAGGGACCCGAGCAGGACUCUACAGUUCUGGACCGGGACCACCUCCUCCUCCUCCUCCUCCUCCUCCUCAGGUCCAGGUGUCUCGUGCAGGAGGAUUACUCUUCAUCCUCAUCUUCUUCAUCCCCCGCCCUCCUAUGAUGUUCUCCAUCCAGGACGGCCUCCCCCGGGGGGGUCUGACCAUGAAGGAGGAACCGCUCCCCACCGGCAUGACCCCGGUGCGCUCCUGGAUGCACGGCGCGGGGAUCCUGGACGCCAACACCGCAGCGCAGAGCGGUGUGGGUCUAGCGCGAGCUCACUUCGAGAAGCAGCCGCCGUCCAACUUGAGGAAGUCCAACUUCUUCCACUUUGUCCUGGCGCUGUACGACCGCCAGGGUCAGCCCGUGGAGAUCGAGAGGACGUCCUACGUGGACUUUGUGGAGAAGGACAAGGAGUACAACGGAGAGAAAACCAACAAUGGAAUCCACUACAGGUUACAGCUUCUUUACAGCAACGGCAUCCGGACAGAACAAGACCUUUUCGUGCGCCUCAUUGACUCCAUGACAAAACAGCCCAUCCUGUACGAGGGACAGGACAAGAACCCCGAAAUGUGUCGCGUCCUGCUCACGCACGAGAUCAUGUGCAGUCGCUGUUGUGACAAAAAAAGUUGUGGCAAUCGGAACGAGACGCCUUCGGACCCCGUCAUCAUCGACAGGUUCUUCCUCAAGUUCUUCCUCAAGUGCAAUCAGAACUGUUUGAAAAAUGCGGGCAACCCGCGAGACAUGAGGCGCUUCCAGGUGGUGGUGUCCACCACCGUCAACGUGGACGGUCACGUGCUGGCCGUCUCCGACAACAUGUUUGUCCACAACAACUCCAAACACGGGCGACGCGCUCGACGCCUGGACCCCUCUGAAGCCACGCCGUGCAUCAAAGCCAUCAGCCCGAGCGAAGGCUGGACCACUGGAGGCGCCACCGUCAUCCUCAUCGGCGACAACUUCUUCGACGGCCUGCAAGUGGUGUUUGGAACCAUGCUGGUCUGGAGCGAGCUCAUCACGCCGCACGCCAUCCGGGUCCAGACGCCUCCUCGCCACAUUCCCGGCGUGGUGGAGGUCACGCUGUCGUACAAGUCCAAACAGUUCUGCAAGGGAGCGCCGGGCCGCUUUGUCUACACAGCUUUGAACGAGCCCACCAUCGACUACGGCUUCCAGAGGUUACAGAAGGUCAUCCCUCGCCACCCCGGCGACCCCGAGAGGUUACCUAAGGAAGUGCUGUUGAAGCGUGCGGCCGACCUGGUGGAGGCGCUGUACGGGAUGCCUCACAACAACCAGGAGAUCAUCUUGAAGCGGGCGGCCGACCUGACGGAGGCGCUCUACAGCGUCCCGCGCUCUCACAACCAGCUGCCCUCCCUGGGAGGCUCCGCCCACUCGGGCAUGAUGGGCGUCAACUCCUUCAGCAGCCAGCUGGCCGUCAACAUUUCCGAGGCCUCGCAGGCCGACCAAGGUUAUUCCCGUAACUCCAACAGCGUGUCUCCUCGCGGUUACGUGGCCAGCUCCACGCCGCAGCAGUCCAACUACUCCGCCAUCACCUCCUCCAUCAACGGCUACGGCGCCGCCGCCAUGGGCAACCUGGCCGUGCCCGGCUCGCCCGGCUUCCUCAACGGCUCCGGCGCCAACUCCGCUUAUGCAAGCCCUUACUCAUUCUCUCCUGUCCAUAUGGUCUCCGCAGUCAAACAGAAGAGCGCCUUCGCCCCCGUCGUGCGGCCACAGACCUCGCCGCCCCCCGCCUGCACCUCCUCCUCCAAUGGCGGCAGCCUGCAGGCCAUGGCCGGUCUCAUCGUCCCUCCCAUGUGAGCAGACUCCGCCCCCUCCCAACCUCUCGGCUCCGCCCCCAGCAGGAAGCGGCCGCCCUACCAAGGGGUAACACCAAUUAAGGGGGGCUAGGGGUGUUCUUCAUCAAGAUGGAAGACGUGGAACAAUCCAGAACCUUCUCCAUCCAACCUUUUUCAGUCCAAGUCGAGUCUUCCGGCGUCUUCUUCGGCGGCGUCCGGAGCAGGGGUCACCAACCUUUUUGAAAGCAAGAGCUACUUCUUGGGUACUGAUUAAUGCCAAGGGCUACCAGUUUGAUACACACUUCAAUAAAUUGCCAGAAAUAGCCAAUUUGCUCCAUUUACCUUUAACUCUAUGUUAUUAUGAAUAAUCGAGGCGGUAUAGCUCGGUUGGUAGAGCGGCCGUGCCAGCAACUUGAGGGUUGCAGGUUCGAUCCCCGCUUCUGUUAUCCUAGUCACUGCCGUUGUGUUCUUGGGCAAGACACUUUACCCACCUGCUCCCAGUGCCACCCACACUGGUUUAAAUGUAAAAAUUAGAUAUUGGGUUUCACUAUGUAAAGCGCUUUGAGUCACUAGAGAAAAAGCGCUAUAUAAAUGUAAUUCACAAUUCAGAAUUAAUGAUAUUUAUCUUUGUGGAAACACAGAUCAUCUUAAUGAUUUCUCACAAAAAAUAUAUAUUUUGAUGACAUGUGGUUAUUUGAUGACAUAGGUUAAAAUCCAAUCUGCGCUUUUUUAAAAUAUAUAACAAAUUGGACCAAGCUAUAUUUCUAAAAAAGACAAAUCAUUAUUUCUUCUAGAUUUUCCAGAACCAAAAUUUUAAAAGAAAUUCAAAAGACUUUGAAAUAAGAUUUAAAUUUGAUUCUACAGAUUUUCUAGAUUUGCCAGAAUAAUUUUUGGGAAUUUUAAUCAUUGAAGAAAUAUUUCACAAAUAUUCUUCGUCGAAAAAAACGAAGCUAAAAUUAAGAAUUAAAUUCAAAUGUAUUUAUUAUUCUUUACAAUAAAAAAAAUAAAAAUACUUGAACAUUGAUUUAAAUUGUCAGGAAAGAAGAGGAAGGAAUUUAAAAGGUAAAAAGGUAUAUGUGUUUAAAAAUCCUAAAAUCAUUUUUAAGGUUGUCUUUUUUCUCUAAAAUUGUCUUUCUGAAAGUUAUAAGAAGCAAAGUAAAAAAAAUAAAUGAAUUUAUUCAAACAAGUGACGACCAAGUCUUUAAAAUAUUUUCUUGGAUUUUCAAAUUCUAUUUGAGUUUUGUCUCCCUUAGAAUUAAAAAUGUCGAGCAAAGCGAGACCAGCUUGCUAGUAAAUAAAUACAACUUAAAAAAUGGAGGCAGCUCACUGGUAAGUGCUGCUAUUUGAGCUAAUUUUAGAACAGGCCAGCGGGCGACUCAUCUGGUCCUUACGGGCGACCUGGUGCCCGCGUUGGUGACCCCUGGUCUGGAGGAACAGGAAGUUCCCUCCAUCCCAGCCGGGAAAACUGGAAUCCUUUUCUUCUUCUUCUUCUUCUUCUUCUUCUUCUUCUCGUGCUUCUUUUCUAAGUGUUUAUAAUCCGCAUUCGAUGUUUGCAAACACCUCCUCGUCUUUUAUGAUUGUACAAAAGCGACUUUUUGUAAAAAAAUAAAUAAAUAAAAGUCAUGACAUCAUGGCCCAGGACGUCCUGGUCUCCUCCCGCUGGACGCCCACUUUUUAACGUUUUUUUUCCUCGACUUUGGCGAGACGACUUUUGUACGCCGUCAUGCCGUGAACACGCGCCGUCUCCAAGCAAAUAACACAGAUAUAUAAAUAUAUGUACGGGAAGUGAACAAGACGGCUGCAGAAAAAGGUGGAUUUGGGGAAGUGAGCGUUGAACUUUCCUGUUUUUGUUUUUCAACGUUUUUUUCUUUGUGUGACAAAAAGAAAAAAGUUUAUGAAAGCACAAAGUUGACCACUUCCUGUGUACAUACGUGUGCAUGUUUGUUUGUUUCCUGUGAUAAUGACGUGCUUUUUGUACAGAAACUUCAAUAAAGAUGACAUCACCUGA